GACUCGAGCAUGGACUGGAGCAAAAGUCUUCUUUUUUUAACACGAUUACGAUUAAAGCUGUGAUAUCCUUGGUGAGAAAAUUGGUACCUGCGUUAUUACUAUUAGAAGUCACUAUCAAUCUCCUCAGCAGCCGACUAUCGUCUCAGGCCGAAAUGCGUCAAUUGUUUCUUUGGGUUUUGUUCUGCUUUGCCGUCCCCUUGACAUCGGCAGGAGUCUUCAAAGUCCAUUCGCGCAUCUCGAACCCGAUCGCGUCGUUGUUCGCCAAUGUCAAGAACAGCGCCAACAAAACGAUCAACAAAAAUAUGGGAAACGUGGUCGAUUACGUGGGUUACUUUAGUGCCACCGACGACUACAAACCUUAUUACAACCCGGAAGUCGUGCAGUCGUUUGCUCACACUCUAUCUACCCCGGGUUACGUUGGGAGCUCAUCCAUUCCCAUUGCUCCGCCAAAAAAGGGAACUUAUCAGUACGAUACGUGCGGGAGCACCAUCGUUGUCCCGUUGACUUACAACCGAAAGGUCCUGGCAGAGCAAACGAUCAAACCCACUUACAAGUCGACUGAUUUUCCGGCCGGACGCACCUAUCCCUUGGUCUGCAAUUGGAAUGUCCAGGCGACUAAGAACUGCAGUCGUGCCCGUAUCACGUUGAGAGUGGAUGGUCGCAGUCGAUUGCCGGAUGAAGAAGGAUGCUCCAAAGGAUACAUUCGUGUUUCCCCCUUCAUGAAGGAAGCCAAGAUUUGCGGUCGCAUCAACUACAUCCAGCCCUACUACUGGUACGUUGAAGAUUCCAAGCCCGAAGUUGUCACCAUCACGAUGAAGAAUAUCGGACUGAACGACGGAUUCGCCGAGGGAUUUUCAUUUACUCUCUCAGGCGAAUGUCUGCCGAUUGAAAUUGGCAUUAAAAAGUUUGACAUCGGCAAGGAAAACAGCGGGGCCAAUGGUCGGUGGAUGUAUCGAAUGUUAUCCGACUCUGCUCUAUCCGGCGUCCCUACGGUGGUCAUUCCGGGCGUUGUUGCGGCCACAGGUAACAGUCCUUUGCCGGCCCAAACUGCAGCAAACGCUGAGUCUACCAAGCCACUGCCAGUUGACACGGGCAAUAGCGAUGCUGAGAUGCUCAUGCUCAUUCAAAAGGAUAAGGAACGCAACCAGACCACGUCGUCGUCGACAUCAACCACCGUUGAAACAACAACCACCACUGCAACAACAACAACAACGCUACCUCCCAAAAAAACAACAACCACCACUGCUACAACUACAACCACAACCACCAAGCGCCCCAUUCCUGAUUUCGAUCUGGAGACUCCUUGGGACGUCCUCAAGCCUCUCCAACCUCCCAACCAAUCCUCAUCAGGAUCUCCUUCGACGAGUACAACACUCACCCCCAGACCUCUGCCCUUGCCGUUCGAUAACAACCCCAAACCUCAUCCCAUUCUCAACAUCAAGUUCCCUAAUCGAAUCCAAUCGACGUCGUCGUCAGCGACAACUUUGCCAAUGAGCGGCAACACGAAACCCCCGACUAAACCGCCGAAACCUUCCGUUUUUGACUUGGAGACUCCUUGGGACGAACUGAAAAUCCAUUCCUUGCCCUCAACUGAAUCUCCUCCACCGUCUACCGUUACCGUUGCCCCGACAAGUUUAUCUCCCAUUUCAGCAACGACCAGUCACAGUAAACCAUUAACGACUCAGGAAGUCGUCAUCCUCAAGUACAACCACCACAACCAAUCGGUGGCGUCUUACCAGCCCAAUGUGCAACCUUCGACUCCCGACCUCGAUCCUCCUACGAGCAGCACUCCCGCCUAUCUGCCCGUCGUCAGUGAUUAUUACGAGACUCCCGCCAUCCUCCCCAGCCCUGAAACCUACCUGUCGGAAACUGCUGUUGUUGACGGGGGAGAUUUCAAUUCUGUCACCAUUGAAAACCCAGAUUUAGCCAAUUUCCCUGUCGACGAGGUUUUCGACGAUGCUUUGUCUUACAUCACGACGCUGUUGGACAAUCCACUGCUACAAAAAUCGUUGCCCAAGAAGCCCAUCCGGAAACAAAUCCAUCCGCCGAAUCGGCUAGUAUUUAAAGACUUUAACGAAUUCCCAUCAUUCUUUUAAAUCCCGUUUAACAUGAAAGGCAAUUUUCCAAUAUUGAAACUAACUUAAUUACCGUUAUUUAGUUCAUUAGUUAUCAUCUUGUUUGAUUUAUCUUGUUAAGUUUUCGCCAAUUUAUUUUGAAACGUUGAAGGAAUGUCGCACUUUGCUGGCAUGACGGAAGGGCCUUCCUAUUUUGUAGUUUCAAUGAAGACCAAUAAAUUGGAAAAGUUUAACCGUACCGAGAAA